CUCGAGAAAAUAAUCAAUAAGAGAAAAUAAAGCGUCUCUUUUAUUUUUGUUUUCAUUUGAAAGAAAGAGAGAAUAGAACCAACGUCGCUUUCUUUACAAUCUUCAUCUUUCCCUUAUAAAAAAGAGUUCCCGGACACGAAUCGACGAGAAGAAAAUAGAAUCAACUGGUGCGGUGCUUCUGGGGAGGUAAAGUUAUGGUCUUUGUUGUUGCAAUUCUGAGAAUUUUCAUCACACAUGGAAACAGAUAGGCGUAUGCGUUCCGAUAAUCUCCUCCGUUCCAAUUUCUUCCUCUCCGGUUUCUACUGCUGGGACUGGGAAUUCUUGACCGCUCUCCUGCUCUUUAGUUGCUGAAUCGAAUCGCAACACACAAACAAACAAACACUUUAAUCCUUAAAUUUCUUUGUAGUCCAGAUUUUCUUUUUCUUUUUUAGGGGUAGUGAUUGGUGAUUUAGGGAGGGGUUGGUGAGAGGGGUAGAUCGGGAAGAAAUGGCGCAAAGGUCUGUUCCGGCGCCGUUUUUGACGAAGACGUAUGAUCUGGUGGAUGAUCCGAUCACGGACGACGUGAUUUCGUGGAACGAGAGCGGCACAACUUUCGUGGUGUGGAAGAACGCCGAUUUCGCUAAGGAUUUACUCCCUAAUUAUUUCAAGCACAACAACUUCUCCAGCUUUGUCCGCCAACUCAACACCUAUGGCUUUCGAAAGAUUGUUCCUGACAAAUGGGAGUUUGCCAAUGAACAUUUCCGGCGGGGACAGAAGGAGCUUCUUUCCAAGAUACGACGCCGGAAAACGGUGACAACAACACCGUCUCCGACUACUGCGGGAAAGACAUCUGGUGCUGGUGGCAAUUCGUCUUCCAAUUCUGGGGAAGACCAGGCUUCAACCUCCACUUCUUCACCGGAUUCAAAGAAUCCGGGAUCCGUCGAUACUGUAGUGAUUGCACAGUUUGCUGAUUUAUCUGGCGAAAACGAGAAACUGAGGAAGGACAAUGAGGUUCUGAGCUCAGAGCUCGCUCGAACGAAGAAGCAGUGUGAGGAGCUGGUUGGGUUUCUGACCGAGUACUUGAAGGUGGGUCCUGAACAGAUCAAUCAAAUCAUGAGGCAAGGAAGCUGUGAGUCCACCCAUGAUGCGUUGGUUGCUGAUCGCGAUAAUGAUGAAAAAUGUGUUGAAGAGGAUGGGGGUGAGGAUUUCAAAAUCUUUGGGGUUUGGUUGAAAGGGGAAAAGAAGAAGAGGGGCCGUGAUGAGAAUAUUGGGUUUACCGGCCCCCACGCCAAGGAACUGAAGAAGAAUGUGGAAUUCCAUGCUCCCUUGAUGAAGAGCAGCAAGGUCUGCAACUGACCAUCAAUGGGAAAUAUCUAAUGAAUGGUAGAUAUAGACAAAGUCAGUGGUAGCGGGAGACAAAAGGGUUCCCUAAAUUGCAACAGACGUUAAGGUUUAUUUUGUCCAUUAUGUAGUAAAUGUAAUAAGGAUGAAAACUUUUGAGUUUAGGUUGGUUUAUCAGGUGUUUUCGUGGGAGUUGGGGAUCAAAGGCAAAUGGGUCUCUAGCCUCCUUCCCAUCAACGAAGUUGAUUUCAGUCAUUAUAAAUAGAUGCUGCCUAUUUAAACAGUUGUUACAAAGCAUUAUGCAAUGUAGUUAAAUUGCUUUUGGCAUUUCACAAAUGCUUGAGAUGACCAAAUCCAUCAUGUCGCUUAUGGUGUGGAGCUCA